AUGUUGACAACGAAAAUAGGAGCACGAGGGGAUGGAUUUGGAGGGAUCGCGCUCCUAGAUUACCUCCAUUGCAGCUUCGUGGACCCUCAGACCUAUCGACUGAGUUGGAAAGCCUUCAACAUGACAAAACAGCAUGCCAACCGAAUCGCUGUGAGUACAAUAGCGGUCGAUCUGGGUGGCGAUCUGGUGGUGAAAAUAGUUGAUUUCUCACUAGGCGAGGUGAGUCUCGGGGGACUGCUGCCCGACAAGCCGUAUCACAUUCGUCUCGAGGUGUUUGACAAUGAAGUCAGCGUUUGGCUCUACAAUGCGACAAUGCAAACUCCACCGAUUGGUGAGUCGUUGCUUGUGAAUGCAGACGCGUUUGUAGGUGAAGUGAAAGGAUUCCGCACUGCCUGCCGCAAACUUUUAUUUGCACGUAUGUUGAGGAGAGCCCAACAAACGUACUACCACAGGAUUGUAUGUCCCUCAAAGGUGGCGAAAGCCGUGUUUGUAUUUUGGCACACGAAGCCUCCACUGCGAUAG